AUGCUCAGCGUCACUUUUUUUCUCUCUUCCCAUUCCGCAUUUACCUUGAUCGCAUCUCACGACAAGAAAAACUUUCUUAUUCCUCUCUUCCGCCAUCCUCUUCUCUUUCUUCUUCUUUCUUACUUCCUCUGCUUCACCACUUAUGUCCUUCCGCCUCGCCUCCCGCAUACUACCAGCCUUCCGCCGGCCAACCGUCAUCACAACCCCGAGAAGAACCACUCCAGCCCUCUUCGGCCCAGCUUAUUCAUACUCUACCAUGGCCCAACCGGCGCCUAA